AUGAGCGCUCCCCCGGCCGCGACCCCCCGCGCGAAUAUGGGCACAGCCGUGUCCAAAAGGAAGACUCUCAGGAACGAGGCCAUGUCGUCCGUGGCGGCCAAAGUGAGAGCGGCGAGGGCUUUUGGAGAAUACCUUUCACAAAACCAUCCUGAAGGCAGAAACGGCUCAGAUCACCUGCUAGCAGACUCCUACAUCGGGCAGGAGGACUCCCCUGAGAUGCAGCAGGUAGCCCAGAACAAGCGCAGGCUCUCGGUCAUCUCGGACGGCAAAUUCGAGAGGAGCUUCACCGAGGAGCAGGCAGAGAAGAUGGCGAGCGAGGGCCCGAAGCCACGAGUGUACACCAUCUCUGGGGAGAGGCCUAUGCUGUCAGAGCACGAGAAUGACAGCAUGGAGCUGGUGGUGAUGAGGGGGGCUGCCCACGAAGAGUGUCACCACGGCCACCACACGCACGGCGCUGGCGGCUCGCACGGCGUCCGGCACUGCAAGGCCUGGCCAGGCGGCCGCCAGGGCUCCAAGGAAUGUCCCAACUGCACCAGGCUGGCUGCCCCUUCCCAGCAGUCCGUUGAGCUGGAGCAGCACCCGCCUGGCGAGGCUGGGUGGCACAGGAAAAGGCUGGAGAGGAUGUACAGUGUGGAUCGAGUGUCUGAUGAUGUCCCCAUAAGAACCUGGUUCCCAAAAGAGAACCUCUUCAGUUUUCACACUGCUACUACAACUAUGCAAGCCAUCUCGGCGUUCAGGGGCUACGCAGAGAGGAAGAGACGGAAACGAGAGAAUGAUUCUGCAGCUCUUAUCCAGAGGAAUUUUCGGAAGCACCUCCGCAUGGUGGGGAGCCGAAGGGUUAAAGCACAAACAUUUGCCGAACGGCGUGAGAGGAGCUUCAGCAGGUCCUGGAGUGACCCGACUCCCAUCAAAGCUGAUCCCUUCCAUGACUCUCGAGAAAGCCAUGACCUUCAGGAUUCCUGUGGGACUCUGGAUGGUGACUUUGACUUGAACUGGGAAGCAGAAAAGGAACUUGAAGCCAUGGCAUGUGACGGAGAAGACUUUAUUCCACCAAAAAUAAUGCUCAUUUCUUCCAAGGUGCCCAAAGCAGAGUAUGUCCCAACAAUUAUUCGCAGGGACGACCCCUCCAUCAUCCCCAUCCUCUAUGACCAUGAACAUGCCACCUUUGAUGACAUCCUGGAGGAAAUAGAGAAGAAACUUAACAUUUAUCGGAAAGGCUGCAAAAUCUGGAAGAUGCUGAUAUUUUGCCAGGGAGGCCCCGGGCACCUGUACUUGUUAAAGAACAAAGUCGCCACUUUCGCCAAAGUGGAGAAGGAGGAAGAUCUGAUCCUCUUCUGGAAGAGGUUGAGCCGGCUGAUGAGUAAAGUCAAUCCUGAACCAAAUAUCAUCCACAUCAUGGGCUGCUAUGUUCUUGGAAACCCCAAUGGGGAGAAGCUAUUUCAGAAUCUGAAAAACUUAAUGAAUCCUUAUAGGGUUGCCUUUGAGUCUCCACUUGAACUAUCAGCUCAAGGUAAGCAAAUGAUUGAGACUUACUUUGACUUCCGCCUUUACCGCCUCUGGAAGACCCGCCAGCACUCCAAACUAUUGGAUUACGAUGACAUUUUAUGA